GGUACCCGUAACGACUACAUGGAGGGAGAGCCUUUGAUAGGGAAAAGCAGAGGAGAACAAAUACGGAGGAUGGCGGAGCGGGAGAGCGCGACAGGCAAAGGGAAGAGGAGCGCGAGAAGAUGAGGAUGCAGAAGAAAAAUGGGAGGCUGAGCGCAAGGAACGAGAACGUCUGCGGCGUAGGGAGGAAGACAGGAUGAGGAAGGAGAGGAAGAGGCAUGAAACGGAGGGAGCGGAUGCCACCACCGCCGAUGCCUCGCGACAGGAACUAUCGUGACAGGCGCAGCCGAAGUCCAGUGCGUCGAGACUUCACCACUCGUGAUAGAGACUACGACGACCACCGCCGACGGCCUGUCUCGCGCUCGCCUUCACCCCCUCCUCGCGGACGUCGUCCUUCUUCACCCUCCCUCUCCCCGCCUCCCCGAGUUCGCCGUCCGCCCUCGCGUUCGCCUUCACCACCCCCAAGACCGCUCGCCGCGUCUUGUCUCGCUCGCCGUCUCCUCCACCCCGCGCACGUCGCCCUCCGUCGCCCUCGCCGUCUCCCCCGCCCCGCCGCGUCCGGCGUCGCUUCGACUCGCGUACACCAUCGCCGCAACCGCCUUACCGUCGUCAGGCUCUGUCGAGCCGCCCUCGCGUGGCGCACGAGGUAUCUCGGGCUCUCCCCCCUCACCCACCCAGGUCGCCCCCACCUCGGUAUCGCCGUGGCCGCUCGCCCUCGCGCACGCCGUCACGUUCCCCGCUGCGGGAUACUAGCAGAGCCCGCCGGGAUUCGCGCUCGCUUUCCCCUCCGGCCGUGCGCCGCGCCGUGGACGGGGACGUUCGGCCUCGACGGGAUCGUCGAUGUCUGUUAGCUCGAGCGGGAGCCGAAGCCGAAGCGGGAUUAAAAUUGAACGUAUGCCUCCUGCUCGUCUUGCUCUAGCAGACAUACUGCCCUUAU